AUGUUCCGCAGCGGCGUGACCACGGCAGCGAGGGCCGCCACGAGAAGCGCACCACCGAUCGUUGACGGGAUGGCAGUUUCCGUCGUGGGACGUGGUAUGGCAACCCGGAAAAGCGGCACGUGGGGCCUGACAACGACGCCUACCAGGAUACAAAACGCGGCGACAAUAGCGGGUACAGCGGGAAAAGCCACUCGCAGGUUCCACGCCACUCCCACCCAUAGCACAGCGGCUGCAGCCCCGCCAGCGCCAGCACCGGCGACAAGUCCAGCCGACGAUGGCCAGGACACCAUCCCCGGCACCUCCAUCCGUGUCUUCCGCACCGUCGCCGGCCUCCGCGCCUGGCGCCGCCAGCAGCUCCUGGCCGGCCGCUCGGUCGGUCUCGUGCCCACCAUGGGCGCCCUGCACGAGGGCCACUUGGACCUGGUCCGCGCAGCCGCCCGCGACAGCGACGCUGUCGUCGUGACCAUCUACGUCAACCCGACCCAGUUUGGUGUCCACGAAGACCUGGGCAGCUACCCGCGCACCUGGGAAGCGGACUGCCGGGCGCUCGCGGGUCUUCAGGCGACCUUUCAGCAAGGCACCAGCACCAGCACCAGCAGAGGAAAGAUCGAGGCCGUGUUCGCGCCCACGACGGCCGAAAUGUACCCGUCCGGGCCCCCCAGCCAGGAGAUCAACGGUCCCGGCAGCUUUGUCACCAUUACGCCUGUGGGCACGGUCCUCGAGGGCGCGAGCCGCCCGACCUUCUUCCGCGGCGUGGCCACGGUGUGCAUGAAGCUAUUUCACAUCGUGCAGCCGGAGACGGCCUACUUUGGCCAAAAGGACGUGCAGCAGACGGUCGUGCUGCGCCGCAUGGUGCGCGACUUUGCCAUUCCCCUGACCCUGGUCGUGGGGCCCACGGUGCGCGAGCCGCCCGACGGCCUGGCGCUGAGCUCGCGCAAUGUGUAUCUGGGUACGCGGCGGCGGGCCGUGGCCAACGUGCUGCGGCGGUCGCUGCUGGCGGCCGAGGCGGCGGCGGCCACCGCCGCCACCAACACCGGUGGCCCGCGCCUGACCCACGACCAGAUUCUGGCCGCCGCGCACCGCGUAGCCGACGAGACGCUGGCAGCGCAGAAGCAGCUGCCGCCCCACGAGCGUGCCCUGUUUGAGAUUGACUACCUGUCGCUGUCCGACGCGGACACGAUGGAAGAGCUGGCCGCCGACCAGCGCAUCGACCCGACACGGGGCGCCAUUCUGAGUGGUGCGGUGCGCAUGUUGCCCGUGGAGGAUCCACAGCCCGGCGAGGACCUCGGCCACAGUGGCGGACCGUUGGUGCGGCUGAUUGACAACAUCAUCAUCCAGCCGACAGAAGAGCAGUAA